CACCCACUCCCAAGAUGUCUAUACUAGUACUCCUAUCACUCUUAAGUCUAAGCACAGCGCAAUGUCCAACCCCUACAGAGACCCUCGCCGUGGAAUGGCCCAACAGUCUAUACCGCAACAUCGAGAUCCUCGUUUCAGAGAUCGAUUCCUCCUCCGACAUCACCACCUACGAGGCCGUCUCCUGUGACGGAAACCCAGGAAUGACACUCGCAUUUGGCCCUAAUACAUUCUCUCUGCAGCGCGCGGGGAGCAAUCAAGCUGGGCAUAGUCUCAUCGACGAGUGUCAGCCUCUUAACUCUGGCAUGACAUGCACGCACCUGGAGGAGGGCGGCAUGGAGAAUACUAUUACUACCACUCACGGAAGCGAUGAGAUGUAUACGGUGUCGAUUGCCGUUGUCAGGUCUGGGGAUAGUAACACGGCGCUUCCGACCUUGACUGCGCCGCCGUAUGUGGGGUGUCCUGAUACAUGGCAGCAGUGCGGGGAUGAGCCUUGGUGUUGUCCUACUACUGCUACGAUCUGCACCACUGCGCCAAAUUCGCAUGAGGCGUGUGCGAGUGUUGUGAAUGAGGAGUUCCCUGGCCCUGCUCUGCCGUAUAUUGACCCGACAAUUACGGGUGGACCAGAUGCCAGUAAUGGUGGAGAUUCGCCUGGUUCGGAGGAUGGAGCUGGUGUCUUUGCUGCUCAGCACACGGGUCUCUUGCUUGGUGGGCUUGCUGGCGUGGGCCUUGCUUUGUUUUGAGCGUGGAGGCUGUUAUGGGGUUAGGGCUCGAUUACUCGG